ACUCUCCCUUCUUCUCUUCAACUUUCUCUCUCUUUUUUUACUGUAUAAGGGGUUGAUCCUCUGCUCACAUUCCUUGACAUCCCUGAUACAUUCUGUGUCUGUAUCUUAUUUUUUUCAUUUCUAUACAUUCCUUCACUCAUUUCUAUUUGAUCAACAAAUCCAAGAUGAAGCUCUGGAAGCUACCAUUCUAUGCUCUUGCUGGGCUGGCUACCCUGGCGAGCAGUGCCCCUAUCGACAUCAACUCGACUAUAGCCGCAAGUGACAAGCUCGUCUUCUGUCACUUCAUGAUUGGAAUCACCAGUAAUCGGCAGAGUUCCGCUGAUUAUGACGAGGACAUGAGACAGGCAAAGGCGCUAGGGAUUGACGCUUUUGCGCUGAACAUCGGAGUGGACCCUUACACCGACACCCAGCUGAACUUUGCAUACGAGUCAGCGGCCCGCAAUGACAUGAAGGUCUUCAUCUCUUUUGACUUCAACUGGUACAACACCGGACAGGCCACCACCGUUGGGCAGAAGAUCGCACAAUACGGGAACCGACCGGCGCAAUUGAAGGUGGACGGCAAGGUAUUUGUCUCUUCGUUUGCGGGUGAUGGACUCGAUGUUCAACAAAUGAAAUCUUCCUCUGGGAUGGAUGUGUACUUCGCGCCGAAUUUCCACCCAGGCCAGGGGGACUUCAGCAAGAUCGACGGGGCGCUUAACUGGAUGGCGUGGGACAAUAACGGCGACAACAAGGCCCCAAGCGCCGGCCGCAAUGUGUCCGUUGCCGAAGGGGACCAAUCAUACAUCAAAGCGCUGGGAGGAAAGGGAUAUAUCGCUCCUGCAUCCGGUUGGUUUUUCACGCACUUCGGUGGAGAAGUGCCCUACAGUAAGAACUGGGUGUUCCCCGGUGAUUUGCUGUGGUAUAACCGCUGGAGGGAGAUCUUGAGUCUUGGCCCUCGAUUUGUCGAGAUCAUCACCUGGAAUGACUAUGGAGAAUCGCACUACAUUGGUCCUUUGUCUUCGCCCCACACCGACGAUGGGGCCUCAAAAUGGGUCAUGGAUAUGCCACACGACGGCUGGCUGCAGAUGUCCAAGCCCUUCAUAGCCGCCUACAAGGCCGGCGCCAAGACUGUCGAGCCCUACAUCACCGAGGAGAAGCUGAUCUAUUGGUACCGACCGACCCCAAAGGGAAUCAGUUGCGACAACACCGACACCACCAUGGAAGGCAGCCCGAACAACGCCAGUGGCAAUUUCUUCCGCGGCCGGCCGAACGGCUGGGAGACGAUGGAGGACGCCGUGUACGUGGUGUCGCUGCUCAAGUCCCCCGCCACCAUUCAGGUCGCCUCGGGCAAGAACAGCAAGACCUUCGACGCGCCUGCGGGCGCCAGCGCCUUCACCGUGCCCAUGGGAGUCGGCGCGCAGCGGUUCGCGCUUGUGCGCAACGGACAGAACGUGAUGAGCGACACCAGCCUCAAGGACAUCGUCGAUACCUGCAUCUGCGGCCUCUACAACUUCAAUGCCUACGUCGGCACGGUGCCCGCGCCGACCACGAUUGACAAGCUCGGCCCCGCCGGCCUGGCGUCGCUGUCGCAGGGUCUGCGCACCGCUUGUCCCACCAACACGCUGGGUGCCAGUUCCGGCCGGGUGGCCAGUGCCAGUGUCACGCCCUCCGUGUCGCCAACCCCAACCCCAACCCCAACCCCGACUCCUUAUUCGUAGGUUGUCAAUUCGACUGGUUCCUGAUUCUCACCUCUCUACGACUUGAUGUCCUUUGGUCUUUUCUUUUUCUUUGCCUUCUCGCACUCCUUUCUUCUUCUGCGUAGCCAGCGCUACCCAGCUCAUUCAUUUUCUUUCAUUUCUCUAGCCAGGAGCUAAAUCCCCAGGAUGACCACUCUUUUGCAUCCCCUUUCACCCCCACAGCGCAGGUCCUAUCAUACGAGUCAUGACCGCUGAUACUUUCUGACACUUUCUUUUUGAACACACGAAAUCCUUUAUAUCUUCGAUACCUUCACAGGCCAAUUUGAACUUAUCUGCCAUUC